UUUCUCAUUGAUUUAUUCUAUAUUUUUUAGGAUUAGGCUGCUGAUUAACAACAAUCAAUAUGGAGUUCCAGGCAGUGAUAAUGGCCGCUGGUCGGGGGUCUCGGAUGACGGACUUGUCAAACAACAUCCCUAAAGCACUUCUUCCCAUUGGAAACCAUCCCAUGAUAUGGUACCCCAUCAAUAUGCUGGAGAAAGCUGGCUUCGAGAGAGUGAUCAUCAUCACCUUGGAGUCUGUUGGAAAGGAUCUGAGACAGAAGUUGAAGUCUUGCGGUGAGAUCAAGCUGGAGUUGGACAUCGUGACCAUCCCAAACGAUGAAGACUGGGGCACGGCAGAGUCUCUCAGACACAUCAGAGAUAAAAUCAAGACCGAUGUCCUAGUCAUAAGCAGCGACCUCAUCACAGAUAUAGAGCUACACCUCCUGGCAGAUAUCCAUCGGAAGUAUGACUCUACAAUCACGACUCUCCUCUAUCAACAAGCAGAUCAAGGUCUCGAGGGAAUGACGGUACCCGGGACCAGGACUAAGAAAAAAUCAGAUCAAAGAGACAUCAUAGGACUGGAUGAGAAGGGUCAGCGUAUGCUCUUGAUGACAGCAGAGGCUGAUGUGGAAGUUUCUCUGGGACUCAAGAUGUCAUUACUUAGAAAGUUUCCAUGCAUACAGUUUGAGACCAGGCUAUUAGAUGCUCACAUGUAUUUCCUCAAGAAAUGGGUGGUUGAUUUCCUGGCUGACUCUAAGCAGGGCAGAAACCUAACUACGUUGAAAGGAGAGGUACUGCCAUAUCUUGUCAAGAAACAGUUCUCCAGAAUAUCUCACGCUAGUAAGGCUGAUGACAAAGACAGUGCAAUCAUCAAUGUCAAACAGGAUGGGCAAUUAGAUUUAUCCCAGUACCUCCCUUACGAUGAGUUGAGUAAGAAAUCUUUGGAGAUGUCGCCAUGGAAUGCACACAAGGGUGAGAUGUCCAGGGUCUACCAGAAGGGGGACAGUCUUCGCUGCUACACCUACAUCGCUUCCAGUGGCAUGUGUCUGCGGGCCAACAAUGUGGCUGCUUACUGCGAGGCUAACAGACAGGUGACAGCACAGAAGCACCUGCUAGGCGAUGAGCCUCUCAUUCAUCCUUCAGUCAAUAAAAGCAAAUCUUCAGGGGAUGGGAAAUCCCACUCUUCAAUUGGCAAAGACUGCAUGGUAGGAGAGAGGUCCAGCAUUGGGGACCAGGUCUCGGUCAAGAGGUCCAUCAUUGGACGUCACUGCACCAUCGGGGACAAGGUCAAGAUCAACAACUCGGUCAUCAUGGACCAUGUUACCAUUAAUGAAGGAUGUGUCAUACAAGGAACCAUUCUGUGUCCCAAUGCUCACGUUAACAAGAAUGUCGAUUUAAAGGACUGUAUAGUCGGAGCAUCACAGAAUGUUGUGGAAGGUGCAUCCUACAAUGGAGAAGUCAUUGGAGAGGGUGACAUGAUGAUGGAGAUCUGAUUGGUUUCAAUGGCAAUAGGACACUGAUAUCUCCAGCCAGCAUCACAUUACCUCAAGACAGGCUAUAGAAAAUGGCAUUGCAGGAUUCGGUUGAUGAAAUGACUUUUAAACCACGUUUGUUCUGUCGGAUGGACACUCCAGAAAAAUUCUGCAUGAAGCUACAACAUCUGCAUUGAAGUCACACACACACACCUCAAGAAGGAUCAUGUUGUGGGAUAUGUAUCUUUGGGAUGCACACUUGAGGAUGUAUGAUCUGUCUCUGAGAUGGGCUUCAGG